GGAGAUUCGACUCUCGGAAAGGCUGGCGAGGAAGGCGGGAUGCGUCGAUAGGGCGGGCGAAGAGAGAGGAAAAUAAACCUCCCUUAUUCUUGAAUAUUCUGCCAGGAUGGACCAGAAAAUCCUGCUUCUGGCAUCCGAGGGAAACUCAGAGCGCCUCCAGUCCUGCCUGGAGAGGCUGAACGAAAAAGAGUUGAAUGACCUUGUUACGAAACAUGCUUUGAGGAAGAAGGGGAUUGGUGCUGUUCUGAGAGGAAUCUUCAAAGGUUCGCCUUGCUCUCAACAGAAAGGUGUUGCCAGAAGACUAAGUAUUUACAAACACUGUAUCGAGUUAGUGGAAUCUGGUGACCUGCAAGUGGAAAUUGCAUCUGAAAUAAUAAGACUGCUUAUGUUAGAGGCUCACAAGAUGCCAGGGCUUACUUUGGCUGACUUGGCUAUGUUGUUCAUUGAAGCAAUUAAAGGAGGCAGCCUGUUGAGUGGCAAAUCUUUGGAACUCUUUCCUACACUUCUUACUUUGCUGGCUACAUCUAAGGAGACCCUUGAAUAUGGGGCAGGUGAGCUGACUGGGGACGAAUAUAAGAAACAGCUGAUUAAUACCCUCUGCUCCAGCAGAUGGAGUCCUCAGUAUGUGAUCCAUCUAACUUCCAUGUUCAGGGAUGUUCCAUUGAGUAAGGAAGAAUUGCAGUUUGUGGUAGAAAAGGUCUUAAGAAUGUUCUCCAAGCUAGGUCUCCAGGAAAUCCCACCUUUGGUUUAUCAGCUGUUGCUGCUUUCUUCAAAGGGUAGCAAGAAAAACAUUUUGGAAGGGAUUGUCAACUUUUUCAACCAGAUGGAUAAAAAGCAGAAAGAAGAGCAGAGAGAUUCAGGAUCAGUGGAACUUGAAGAAGCUACAGUGCCCUUAGAACAACUCCGCCACGUGGAAGGCACCGUCAUUCUGCAUAUUGUGCUAGCUAUAAAUCUGGACCACGAUCUAGGAAAGGAGCUAAUAAAAUACUUAAAGGCAGAGCAGCAAGGGGAUCCUAGCAAAGCCCUGUGCCCCUUCAGUGUGACUAUUCUGCUUUCAAUGGCCAGAAUACAUCGAUUUAAAGAACAGAUAUUUGACUUUCUGAAAACAUCAAUUAUGAAAACUUUCAAGGACAAACAGUUUCUUCAGGGCUCCAGGUUUCUACAGGAUUUAGCUCCUCUACAGUAUGAUAUAUCUGAUAUGUUUUUGGAAGUUGUCGCGAACAGCGUGUUUGGUUGGGAUCAUGUGACCCAGGGUCUAGUAGAACUUGGAUUUAUCCUCAUGGACUCUUAUGGGCCAAAAAGACUUUUUGGAAGUAAAACCACAGAAAGUAACCAUAUUCUGCCCAAAACUCCAGCCCAGCAGGUGUGUAAAUUGGGAGCUGAUAUCCUCUUGGAAACUUUCAAGGGCCACGAACCGAUCAGAAGUGAAAUUCUAGAGCAGAUCCUGAACAGAGUGAUCACAAAUGCAGGCCUUCCCAUCACCCACUUCAUAGAGCUUUUGUCCAGUAUUAUUCUGUCUGCUCCUCUUGUCCUUCAGAAUUCUUCCUCUAAUGUCACAGAAGCUUUUGAGCAUUUCUCAUUCCUUCCCCUUGACACAGUUCAAGGGUUUCUCAAGGCUGUACAGCCUCUGCUCAAAAUAAGCAUGUCUUUGAGGGAUUCAUUGAUCCUUGUUCUUCGCAAAUCCAUGUUCUCUGGACAGCUAGAUGCCCGCAAGUCAGCAGUUGCUGGAUUUUUGCUGCUCUUGAAAAAUUUUAAGGUUCUGGGAAGCUUGACCUCUUCCCAAUGCAGCCAAGCCAUUGGAGCCAGUCAGGUCCAGGUAGAUGUCCACGCCCGCUAUAACGCGGCAGCCAAUGAGGCCUUCUGCUUAGAGAUCCUAGGCAGUCUGAGGCGAUGCCUGAGCCAGCAAGCUGAUGUUAGGCUCACCCUCUAUGAGGGUUUUAAUGACGUCCUGCGCAGGAACUCUCAAUUGAGUCAUUCCAUCCUGGACAUGCUUCUCUCACAGAUAAGGCAAUAUUAUGAAGCUGAACCAGACCUGCUGCCCCCCUUGAAAUUAGAGAGAUGCAUCUUGGCUCAAAGAGAUCAAAUCUUCUUGCAGGAACCUUUGGCUCACCUCCUGUGCUGCAUUCAGCAUUGUUUGGCCUGGUAUAAGAAUGUUUUAACUGCGCACCAGCAAGCUGAAGAAGAGGAGGAGGAGGAAGAGGAGGAUAGAAGUUUCCAGCAAGAAUUGGAUAAGAUGUUGGAAUCCAUCACAAGACGAAUGAUCAAGAGUGAACUGGAAGAUUUUGAGCUGGAUAAAUCGGCAGACUUCUCUCAAUCAACCGGAGUGGGCUUAAAGAACAACAUCUAUGCUAUUUUAGUGAUGGGCAUCUGUGAGGUCUUGAUUGAGUACAACUUUAGUACAGGCAACUAUAGUAAGAACAAGUUUGAAGAUGUUUUGAGCCUGUUCAAGUGCUACACCAAACUUUGUGAAAUCUCGAAAGAGAAAGCGGGAAAGAGCAAACUCUCAUCAACAAACAAAAUUCCCCGAAGCUUCCUGUCGAUGGGCUUUGUGUGUACCUUACUUACAAGUCUCUUCAGGGACUGUGCCCAAAACCACGAGGAGAGCCUGGCUAUUCUCCGCUCCAGCACUGAGUUCAUGCGCUAUGCUGUCAGCGUAGCUUUGCAGAAAGUGCAGCAACUGGACGAGGCAGGGCAGACAGAUGGGCCAGAGGGACAGAAUCCAGGGAAGAUGUUCCAGUAUCUUUGCAAAAUCACUCGAGUCCUCCUGUGGAGAUACACCUCGAUCCCAACCUCAGCAGAAGAAUUUGGGAAGAAGGAUAAAGGCAAAAGCAUCUCAUUGUUAUGCUUGGAAGGCCUGCUGCGGAUUUUUAACACAGUGCCACAACUUCAUCCAGACAAAAUCUCACAGUUCCUCCAGGCUUUGGAUCUCGCAAAUGAAGAAGACGAAGAGGCAGCAGAGGUGAAUGUCACCGAGAAAGCUGCCUUCCAGAUUCGGCAGUUUCAGAGAUCACUAACAAACCUGCUUAGCAACACAGAAGAAGAUUUCAGCAGCAAGGAAGCUCUUCUGUUGAUCAACAUCCUUGUGAUGCUCUCCAAACUGAUGGACCCUUCCUCAUCCCAGUUUGUGCAGCUGUUAUCCUGGACAGUGAAACUUUGCAAGGAAACUUGCUUGGAAGAUGCUCCUUGUUGCAAAGGCUUACUCUCUCUGCUUUUCACACUGCAUGCUCUUGUUAAGAGCCCAGUCGCCCUACUGCGUGAUCUUGCCCAAGACAUCCAUGCUCAGCUGGGAGACAUAGAUCAGGAUGUUGAGAUGGAACAUCAGUGUCACUUUGCCCUUGUGAAUUCAAAGACUGCAGCUCCUACUGCUUGUUUGAUGGUUUUGAGUCAAGCAGACAAGAUCCUUGAAGAGGUAGAUUGGCUGAUCAACAGGAUGAAAAACUAUUUGGGAUCUGAGGCAGCAGAAAAUGCCUCUCAAGCAAUAAUCCAGACUCAACCUUUAGAGAAAGCUGUCAUUCUACAGCUUGGGACUUUGCUGACGGCCUACCACGAGCUGGUCCAAACGGCCCUACCCACCGGAAGCUGUGUGGACACGUUGCUUAGGAGUCUCAGCAAGAUGUAUGCCAUUCUCACAACGCUUGUAAAAUAUUAUCUCCAAGUGUGUCGAAACACAGCCGGAGGGAUUCCGGGACGAUUUGAGAAACUGGUUAGGCUGUCUGGUUCUCACAUGACUCCUCAGUGCUACGCCUUCAUCACAUACGUCCAGAACAUCCAAUGUGAAACCCUGACCUCUGCAGGUGAAAAAAAGAAAAAAGACAAAAAGGGAGAGGAAUCCGCUGUUAUGGCUAAAGUGCUGCGGGAGACUAAACCAAUUCCAAACUUGGUUUUCGCCAUAGAACAGUAUGAGAAUUUUCUGAUCCAUCUCUCUAAAAAGGCAAAGGUCAACUUAAUGCAAUACAUGAAACUAAGUGCCUCCCGGGAUUUCCGAAUCAACGUAUCUACUAUAGAAAAUGUCCUACAGGAACAGAAUGCUGAGGAGGAGCCAGACCACAAUGAGAGCAUUGCAUCUGCACAGUCAAACCCCAGCAGAGAACCCAAGAAGAAGAGACAAAAAAAAUGAGAGCAGCAAUGUUUCUUCUCAAAUGGCUGGUUUUGCACCUUGUUAACAUCCACAAGGAGACCAUCUUUUUCAGUCUACAGCAUAUCUAACAAAGUGUUUCUUCACCAUAUCCUUUGCACAUAGAACCUUAAAUGCUCGCAGUAUUGGUAACCUGCUGAUGACCUAUCCAUGGUCUAUCCUUAUAAGGCACAUUAAAUUUGCCACUUUUCCUUUGGGUCCCUAAUCCUCCACGAUGGCCUUGGGAACCACAAUCCUCAGCGAUGCCUCUUCUCCUCCUUUUUUGACUUGGAGUGAGAAAAAAAAAGCAGGUGUCCGUGAUCAAAAGGUUCCUUUUGGAGGAUCCCGCUGGGACAAAGUGUGUCCAGUUAACUUCUAAACUCAAACUUCAUUUUCCUUUUUCCAAGGAACCUUUUGUUAUUUCAAUAAGUUUGUAUAUAUCCAGAGCUUCCCCUGUAAGAAAUUAACAGUAACAAAAGUCAUGUCUGCGCAUAUUAAAAAUGCUCAAAAGUUAAAACUUAACUUUUAAAGAUUCACGAGCUGGUUUUUAUGCUCCUAAAUACAAUUCCAAGCAGGGAUUUAUAUAAGGCAGGGAAGGAAGGAGCAUGCAAAUUUAAACUUCCAACUCUUUUUUAGUUUGGCCAGAAACUAUGAAUAUAUUUAGAUAUUAAUAAGCCAGAGCAGGUUUGAAUUUUCUUACUUUACUUUGGCAAAGUAUUCCUCUAACAAUUUAAUAAAAUGCAUAAUGUUC